GUAAUUUAUCGCACUUGCACUACAUAACCUCAGGGAUUCAUAUGUUGAAGAACAUGCAAGAAUCUGCUAAAGAAUGGAAUAUCUCUUUUGCUGGCUGUGGAUUUCUGAUGGCUUACUACUGUGGAGUCUAUAGCUGUUUAUUUGAACGGGCCCCGUUUCUUCUUAAGGGGGUGAAGAAGAUUUGUGGGGCUUCAUCUGGUGCUCUCAUGGGUGCAAUACUAGCAUGCCAAAUGUCUCCAGCCAAAUCCUGUGAAAAUUUGCUGGACAUGUCUCGAGAGACUCGGAAAGGCACUCUGGGUGCUGUGCAUCCCUCCUUCGACCUGCUGAAGAUAGUACGAAACUUCCUAAACCGUGACCUGCCUGAUGAUGCCCACCUACUCGCCAGUGGACGGCUGUUUGUGUCACUCACACGAGUGUCAGAUGGGACAAAUGUGUUGGUGUCUGAGUUUGACAGUAAAGAAGAUCUCACUCAGGCUCUGAUUUGUAGUUGCUUUUAUCCACUGUACUGUGGCGUGAUACCUCCAAGAUAUCAUGGAAUAGCCCACAUAACCUUGUGGUGGUGUUUCGUAAGGUCUUGGCUGAGAUGUGUCAAAAAUGGAUAUAAGGAUGCUUUCCUUUUUUUAAAAGAAAAUGAACUCCUGAAGCUCACAUCGCCGCUGUCAGAGCUGACCCUAAUAGAUGAAUGGGAGAAUAUUCCAACAUCUAAGAAAUAUAUUAGUGAAAACAAGCUAAGAGUGACCUAAAUAAGAAUUGCUGCCUUCAGUUACUUACUCAUUCAGAAAUAUCCAACUCUUCACCAACUCCCUUCAACUUCAAACCCAACUCACUUACCAGCACCACCUCUUCUUACAUACACCGUGUAAUUAUUUUGAAUAAAAAAGGUUUCAGUAACCUUUUGAAUCUUGAUUUUUAUGUAAUCACACCACUUUAACUUACUUAAACUGCCUAUAAAUUAAAGA